GGGGGCGAGGGCUGUCCUGGUGUGGGGACGACCUGCACCGCGUUGCGUCUCCUGCCCACCGGGGCGUCCCCUGCCCACCUGGGCGUCCCCAAAUCCCAGCUGGAAGAACAAGGGGGUGGGGGCUCCUAAACUGCGCGGCAGCCAUUUGGGGUAGCAGUCUCCAUUUGGGGGGCCUGGACUUCCUCAGAGGAUGCUCCAUUCAUAAAAUUCUGUACAGGACCCUCACCAUUGAGAAGCUGUGGGGACCACUCCUUCCGGGAAACAGAUGUGUGGAGAGCACAGAGCACCCAGAAAUCCCGGCGUCCCUUCAAAAGGAGGCCCUGCAGGGACCCCUGCCCUUUUUCUCUGCUUCACCUGUUGUCCGGGGAGGCGGGCGGACAAAGGAAGCAGUGUCACGUGACUGCUCAUUCACAAAAUCCCAUCCCAUUGAGAAAAGGGGGCUGGGGGCGCUAGCGGCUCUGCGGCCUCCCCUUCCCCUAUAGAAGGGCCGAGGAAACCGGUAGCCUGCUAGCGGGGGAAAGGGCCAGAGUUCGUUGCAUGGGUCCCUAAGUCUGGGACGCCAGGGUCCCUGCACUAGGCGGUAGUGAGGGGCUGGACGACGGCCCUAAUACUGGGCGGAGGGCUAGGUCUCCUGAGCUGGGGGCGGGGUAAGAUGGUUUUGAAGGAUGCUGGGGCGGGGAGUAGGAGGGAUCAACCCCCACCCCUUUCCCCCUCCAAUUUCUCCCCUUCACCUUCCUGGCUGGGGCCUGAGGGUGCAGGCUUGAGUGUGUGUGUGUGUGUGUGUGUGUGUGUGUGUGUGUGUGUGUGUGUGUGUUUUGUGAAUGAAAUGCUCUCUGGAUGUGUUUCUGUCGCCGGUUUCUGGCUUCCUCUGCCUCCAUCUCCCUGUGGGCCUCUUUCUGGUAGUUUCUGGUUCUCUCCCUGACCAUCUCCGUUGCUGGGUGACUCAGUGAGCUUUACAUCCGGUCUCAUUCAUAAAUGCGGGAAGGAGUUGGGGGGAAGAGAGCCCAGUGGCCUGAGCGACAGGGUGCAGAGGCAGUGAAGGGGGGACUGGAGCUGACUUGAUGGGCUCUAAGAAAAUACAUAUGCGCAAGCACCCAGCUGCGAGGGGGAAGGAUGGGUGGGGCUGUGGGUAUGAGUAGGAGAGGAGAGAAGGGAGGAGAUGGGGUUGAUGGGUAUGAGCAGGAGGGGGAAGGGAAGUGGAAAGCCAAGGCUGUGGGGGUUCAGAUGGGAAAGAUGGAGAGAGAGAGAAAAGGGGUAUGGAAAUAAAAGGUAGAUAUGUAGAAGGUAGGGAUGUAUAGGCAUGAGAGAAAAGAGAUGGCAUGAGGAAGAAAGAAGCCAUGCUGGAAGAAGGGGGUAGGGAGAGAAGAUGGGUACUGGGAAGAAGGUAGAAAUGGACGGUAAGCUGAGUAUCAAAGGUGAAAGUUGCAAUGGAUCCAGAUGUGAGAAAUGAAGAGGGGAGAUGAAGGGUUCGUGAACAUCAAAUGUGAGAACAGGAUUGGAGUUCACUGACCAUGUUGUCCCUGUCCCCCCACCUCCAGGUACAUGGUUCGGGUCCGAGCUGUGGUGAUGGCCCGAGAUGACUCCAGUGGGGGCUGGCUGCCUGUGGGGGGCGGGGGCCUCAGCCAGGUGAGCUUAUGUCGGGUCCAAGGGGCCAGGCCCGAGGGGGGGGCCCGCCAGGGGCACUACGUCAUCCACGGGGAGCGACUCCGGGACCAGAAAACCACCUUGGAGUGUACCCUGAGGCCAGGCUUGAUUUACAACAAGGUGAACCCUAUCUUUCAUCACUGGAGCUUGGGUGACUGCAAGUUUGGGCUGACAUUUCAGAGUCCUGCAGAAGCUGAUGAGUUCCAGAGGAGCCUGUUGGCAGCACUGGCGGCACUGGGUCAAGGUUCACUCACUCCCUCCUCCUCCUCUUCUUCCUCCCCUUCCCAGGACACUGCAGAGACCCCCUGCCCUCUGACGUCCCACGUGGACAGCGACUCCUCCUCCAGUCACAGCCGCCAGGAGACCCCUCCCACCACCACUGCAGCGGCCCCCCAGGUCAACGAAGAGUCAGCUUCCAGCUUCGGGCCAGCCACGCCCCCCCAGCACCGAUGCUCCUCCACUCAGAGCUAUCCUCCGCUCCUACCGUUCACAGGAUUUCCGGAGCCCUCAGAGCCCCUGGCCGGGGCAGGGGGACUGGGCUGGGGCAGCCGUGGCUAUGAGGAUUACAGGCGCACCGGGCUGCCCUCGCCCCGCACUCUGUCCACCUGCGUUGUUCGCUUUGCCAAGACUGGCGCGUUGAGGGGUGCAGCCCUGGGGCCCCCAACCGCUCUACCUGCCCCUCUCCCAGAGGCUGGACCUCCCGCACCAGCCAAGUCCUCCCCCGAGGCAGAGGAGGCUGCACGCUGCGUGCAUUGCCGCGCACUCUUCCGCCGCCGAGCAGAUGGGCGUGGUGGCCGCUGUGCGGAGGCCCCGGACCCAGGUCACCUGCUGGUGCGCCGUCUCAGCUGCCUGUGGUGCGCAGAGAGCUUGCUCUACCACUGCCUGUCGGAUGCCGAGGGCGACUUCUCGGACCCGUGUGCCUGCGAGCCGGGCCACCCACGCCCUGCUGCACGCUGGGCUGCGCUGGCCGCACUCUCCCUGGCGGUGCCCUGCCUUUGCUGCUAUGCGCCUCUGCGCGCCUGCCACUGGGUUGCAGCGCGAUGCGGCUGCGCGGGCUGCGGAGGUCGCCACGAGGAGGCAGUGCGGUGAGGCUGGCCUGGUGGGCCCAGAAUUGAGGGUCCAGGACCCCCGGGCUCUGUUCGGAACCCAAAUCUAAAUUUAGGCACACCUGGAACUUGAAGCUCGAGUUUAGACUGAGACCCCCCAGACCUGGAACUUGGACUCCAAAUCUAGGAUUGAGGGAUCCCAGGCCCAGCUUCAUUGAGCUGUCUACCUAAGAGGUCCCAGGCGUCCUGAGUUCUGGCAUCCUCAUCCUGCUGUGCCCCUCCCCCCAUGACCUAGACUGAGGCGACUCCAGUCAUCCCCAGGCUCUACACCUCAGGGCACACAGGUCCCUGACAGAGUCAGGGUCCUGAACCCUGACAACCUGCAGAUUACAUACCCAGAACUAGUCAGGAGUUUCGAAUACCUGACCCUGCCUGUAUACAAUUACUCCCAGAUCUAGAGAUCACAGGACCCAGAAUCACCCCAAAUGUUCCUGAAUGCUCAUCUAAAACCUGAGGCACCCAUAUCUGAGGUGUUCUAGCCCUAGGACCACUAAGACACCAAGCCCUCUUAAGAUGCCCUGGGUUCUAGGAUAUGCUCAAACAGAUGUUCUCUGACCAAAAUGGCUUGGGAGACCCACCUCAUAGCCUCACUUCUUCCCCACAUCCCACACCCGUCCCCCAAUCCAGACAUCAGAUUCCAAGAUACUCUGGGAGCCAGAGAUCAAAGACCGCUGAAGACAUCCCAUCCCUCACUGCAACCUCCCCAGCCAAUGUUUCCAGGAGCUUUGAAUCUCAUAUAUAGGACGCUGAGGUGCCUAUUACUUUCAGAUUAGGACUGAAGGUCACCAACACCUCAGGACCCAAGACACUGGUACCAUAUCCUCAGCCCUCUUGGACUUAGAUUGUAAGUCCCAGAAUGUCCUGGAAUCUUCAGCUUCUUUGUACCCACAGACAGAGGAUGGGUUGUUCAUGACAACCCUGACCUCUGUCCACUUGCUCCCUAGCCUAGAGUGAUCCCAAGGUGCCACUGACCUUUCAAAUUCAAGGCUAAAGUCUACACAGCAUGGGAUUAUCCCAGACCUGAGAUCUUGGUCCCUUCAUACCACAGUGAGAUUUGAAAGUGCCCCAGGACCCCAGCAUCCUCAAUUCUGAUUUCUUUGAACUCAGAUCUCUCUAGUGUGAUAUUCCCUGUGAUCUGCUGCCCCUUGAAUUCUUCUAUCCAUAGGCCCCUGAGACCCCAAGAUCCCAGACUCUGGAAUUCUCGUUCCAGAGUCAUUCUCCCUUUCCCCUCUCCCUCCCUCCCCCCGCAUGUCCCCAGCAUACCACAUAAUUAUCUCUUUACCUUAGAGGG